AUGAGAUCUAAACAUCAAGGGCCAGCCAGGCUUACCAAGUGCCCGGUGGACAUCCUAUACUCGGUAUUCGAGUUACUGUCACCCGCCGAAUUUUAUGCACUAUGUCUUGUCCAUAAGAACCUUCGCAGAAUCGCUGAGAACUUUCUCUACAAGACAAUCCAAUUGACUUGGGAGCUGGAGAAUCCUUAUGAUCCUCCCCCAGUCACUAAACUUUUGCGAACUUUGGUGUCCAGGCCUCAUUUGGCUGCUCAAAUCAAAACCCUUCAUCUCGCCGGCGAAUAUACCACCUACGCUCCACUCGUGGAAACCAUACGUACAGUCCCCGUUGCUAUUAACGAACUAAACGAGCCUGCGUCAUUCAUUCGGAAAACAAGAGUCCCGUAUAGCGACCUUUGGAUACAUGAGUUACAGCAUGGUAGACUCGAUGCUGUUGUGGCCCUCCUUUUGGCACAGCUUCCGAAUCUGCAUUGUUUGUACCUGGGCCCUGCUUUCACCCAGCGAAGUGAGAUUAUCGGUAUGGUUCUUCGUUCAGCUAUCUUUGAGCCUGCAGAGUUUGGGCUACCCGAUUUUCGGCAUCUCCGAGAUGUGACAUACCUCCUCAAAGAAGGACAUGAUCCAGCGCGUGAUAAAAAAGUCAAAAAUACAGACGAUGUCUUGCCCUUCUUUCAUCUAUCAAAUGUCCAGCGCAUUUCGGUCUUCAUCGAGAGCCCGCUCGCGAUAAAGUGGCCUACACCGCAAUUGCCUGUCCCAUCAACCCUCACGUCGCUGAUUUUGAACUCAGUUCGGGAGAAUUAUCUCGGUGACCUACUCUCCAUCACACCUCAUCUGAAAUCACUUUGCUGGACAUGGUUUUACGAUUAUGGUCUGCGCGAUGCAGUCAAUAUGCCUAUUGUGGAUCUUGAUCGAAUUGGAGAUGCUAUGUCUCGUCUUAGAGGUACUUUAACCGACCUCACAAUCAUAGGUGAAGUUGAACUCGGAGGCAACGAUAUCAAUCUCCCUGGUAUCAAAACGGAGGGCUCAUUGAAGGUGAUGGUCAAUAUGGAAAAUCUCAGGACACUUCAAGUUCCAUGGGCAUUUCUCGUCGGAUUUGCACAAGACACAACGAAACGUUUGCAGGAUGUGCUCCCAAGAUAUCUUGAACAUCUCUCCAUCACUUACGACAUGUGUCUACAAAAUGAUGAGCAGAUGGAACCAGACUGGCCUGAAUUUGAGUGGAAGGAUCACGCCAUUCUAGGCUUGCUAAAAUCAUGGCUGGAGGAUCGAGAAGCGUUCACACCAAAUCUUCGUGGCAUUUCUGUGAGACUAGCUAGAGAUGAAAUUGAUGAUGAUGAAUGGGACCCUGAUAUGAUACACCAGCUCACAGAGUUAGGUGCUCAAGCUGGGGUUUUAUUUGAGAUAAUCUACACAGAUGAAACAUAA